CGGACCCCCCACGGCCUCUACCGCUACAUGUGCAGACUCUGCAACAGCAUGUUUAAAAUAAGAAAUGGCCUCUAUGAGCACUUGAAUGGACAUUUCGGUCGAAGACCACACGCCUGUCGACAGUGUGAUGCAAAAUUUGCACACCACAGCUCUCUGCACAACCACGUAAGAAACAAACAUAGCAUACAAACUGAGGAAGAAAAGUUGGCCUCUAUGCGCCAUGUUUGCGUCAUGUGCGGCCGUCGAUUUAGGUACCCCAGCGAACUUGAACGACACAAAUCCAUUCAC